UCUAAUUAAGCUGUUAGAACUCCAGUUUUAUUGACCACAUGUUUUUGUUAUCCUGAUGAUCCCUUUCAUACCAAAGGAAAAUGGAUUACAUUAUCUUUGGCUAAUGCAACCACUGGUUAGCUUAAUUGAUGCAUCAUUAGAACACAACACAGGAUGAGUUUGCUCAGCUAAUAGUAUCUUCACCUGAUAUUUCUUUUCACUGACUAGUAAAUAACAAGGCAAAUCCCACUUGCCACUGACCUAAUCAAGGAAUGCGGUUUGGUUUAAAAAAAAGUGGGACUGCCCUUUGAUACUGCUUCUUCUCUUUUACUUCUUGUUCCUCAUGCUGCUCCAUCUUGUGGUUCCUAAGGAACGGGUCAUAUUGUUCUCAGCCCUUUUGGAGGAUAUAUUCUCCAAACUGGCUCAACCCCACCACACUUUUUUCCUCCUGCUUAUAAGGUUCACCUUUCAUGAUAUCUCUCACAUACCAACCCUUGACUUCAAGUAAUCUUCUUUGAGAGAAACAACCCAUCUUUUACCUUCCAUCCUUUUUGCAAGUUUCAAUUUAUUCACACUUUCGUUCAAAAUCAGGCCUAGUUCUUUAAUUUUCAGCCUGUCAUUCCCCAGAGACUGUCAGUAAAUCCUCUGUUUUCAGUUGUUCUACUUAGAUUUUCAAUAAUGGCAUCCAAUUCUCCAACUUCUUCACAUAGUUCUAGCUCCUCCUGGACAGCUAAGCAAAACAAAAUGUUCGAGAAGGCUCUGGCUAAAUAUGACCAGGACACUCCUGACCGCUGGCAUAAUAUAGCAAAGGCAGUGGGUGGAAAGUCAGCUGAGGAAGUCAAGCUGCACUAUGAGAUCCUAGUCAGAGAUCUCAAAGACAUUGAGUCUGACCGGUACCCCUAUCCAUCAUAUCCAAGUGGAAGCAGCGACUAA